UAAAGGACCCUCCCCUUUGCUUUAAAAGCCACGGCCACAAAAUCAUCUCACCUCUGCUGAGGUUUUGCUUCAACAUCUGGAUUUUUUCAUUAUUCCAUGGAAAGUUUAUAAACGAAUUACUAAUCUGUGACAUAGUGGGUAUAAAGGACGCUCAGUUCUUUCUUCAAGAAUCCAGCUACAACCCCAAGGUGUAUCCUGUACUGAAGCGCUGGUGAUGGAUGUGUGGGCCAGAGCAGUGGCUCUGUCUCUGCUGUUGCAGCAGCUGGUGCUCACUGUCACAGCUCAAGGCAUCGUCUACGACCUGCUGGUGUCUCCGGACUGCCUGCCUGACUUACUCCAAGGAAGCCUGAAAAACAAAGGGCGAGAUGAGGCUUUCCUCCUCUCUUCCUUCAGGCUCCAAAACAAAGCCCCCACCUCUCUCUUCAGCGUCAUCAACCCCCAAGACAACACCAAGUACCUGGAACUGAGCGUGCAGGCCAAACUGAGCAAGGUGAUCCUUCGUUACCAGAAGACUGAUGGCCGAUUUGGCACAACCAGUUUCAACCACCCCUCCCUGGCAGACGGCCAGGAUCACCAUGUGAUGCUGCAUGCAAGCGGCCUACAGCACGGCACGCCUCGCCUCCACAUUUAUAUUGACUGCAGACUGACCCACACUUUGGAUGAUCUGCCCGCUGUGUUUGGGUCAAUACCACCUGGCUCAAAUAAGGUGGCUCUCUGGACCCUGCAGACGAGUGGACAGGAUGAACUGACAGACCUGAAGUUGGUCAUAGAGGACACCAUAGACAAUGUGGCCACUCUGCAAGACUGCUCCAUGGAGCACACUCAAUCUCGGACUUCUGCAAGGGAGGCGUUGCAGCUGCUGGGUAUCCAGGGGGGGCAGGUGUUACAGGACCAGACCACCAUGCAGGAGCUGAAGAGCAUGUUAGCUGAGAUGAAGCAGCUGCUCAACCAGCAGAUUAAGGAGACAAAUUUUCUGAGGAAUACCAUCACAGAAUGUCUUCCAUGUGGUCUCAGGGGCAAUCCGACUAACACAGGCCCAGCUCCGACUCCUGGGCAGUUUGUCAUGCAGCCUCAGCCUCUGACUCAGUGCCCGCUUGGGACCUGUUUCAAACAGAACAUGUGCAUCCCCACGGACUCGGGGGGGUUCCAGUGUGCCCCCUGUCCAGAUGGAUACACAGGAGAUGGGGUGCACUGUGAUGAUGUAGAUGAGUGUCAGUUUGGCCCGUGUUUCCCAGGUGUGAAGUGUGUGAACACUGCUCCUGGCUUCCGCUGUGGUCAAUGUCCUCUAGGAUACACCGGACCAGAGAUAAAUGGAGUGGGAGUAGCUUAUGCCAAGACAAACAAACAGGUGUGUGAGGAUAUCGAUGAAUGUCUGGGCCCACCGGACAAUGGAGGCUGCACUGCCAACUCACACUGCCACAACACGAUGGGUUCCUUCCGCUGCGGAGACUGUAGAACUGGCUUUACAGGCGACCAGGUGAGCGGCUGCCGAGGUACCAGGCUGUGCCCGAAUGGUCUACCUAACCCCUGCGACGCCAACGCCGAGUGUGUGGUAGAGAGAGACGGCAGCAUUAGCUGCAUGUGUGGCGUUGGUUGGGCAGGUAAUGGCUAUGUUUGUGGAAAGGACACAGAUAUUGACGCAUAUCCAGACAGUAAGCUCGCGUGCAGAGACAACAACUGUAAGGAGGAUAAUUGUGUGUUUGUUCCGAACUCUGGCCAAGAGGAUGCAGACAGGGAUGGGAUGGGUGAUGCCUGCGAUGAUGACGCAGACAGUGAUGGCAUUAUUAACAUAGAUGACAACUGCUGGCUCGUCCCUAACGUGGACCAAAAGAACAGCGAUAAAGAUCUCCAUGGCGAUGCCUGUGACAACUGCAUAACCCUUGAUAAUCCCUAUCAGAGGGACACUGAUAAGGAUGGGCUGGGAGAUGAGUGUGAUGAUGACAUGGACGGAGAUGGUUUGAAGAAUAUUCUUGAUAACUGCCAGCGAGUUCCCAACGUGGACCAGAAGGACAGAGACAAGGAUGGGGUGGGAGACGCCUGUGACAGCUGUCCUGAUAUGAUUAAUCCUAACCAGUCUGACUCAGAUGACGAUCUCGUAGGAGAUACCUGUGAUGACAACAUAGACAGUGACGGUGACGGCCACCAGAACACAAAGGACAACUGUCCCACUGUUAUCAACUCUUCUCAGCUGGACACGGACAAGGAUGGGAUGGGAGAUGACUGUGACGAUGAUGACGAUAAUGAUGGCAUACUGGAUGAAGUUGAUAACUGCAGAUUAGUUCCAAACCCAGACCAGAGGGACUCAGAUAAUAACAACGUCGGAGACGCAUGUGAAGGAGACUUUGACAAAGACGACGUCAUCGACAUAAUCGACCACUGCCCAGAGAACGCCGAGGUCACCCUGACGGACUUCAGAGCCUAUCAGACCGUGGUGCUGGAUCCAGAGGGGGACUCUCAGAUUGACCCCAACUGGGUGGUCCUCAAUCAGGGUAUGGAGAUAGUUCAGACCAUGAACUCUGAUCCCGGCCUCGCAGUAGGUUACACAGCGUUCAGUGGAGUUGACUUUGAGGGGACCUUCCAUGUAAACACAGUGACUGAUGAUGACUACGCUGGCUUCAUCUUCGGCUACCAGGACUCCUCGUCCUUCUACGUGGUGAUGUGGAAACAGACGGAACAGACUUACUGGCAGGCGGCGCCCUUCAGAGCAGUGGCUGAUCCAGGAAUACAGCUUAAGGCUGUGAAGUCUAAGACGGGUCCCGGAGAAUAUCUGAGGAACUCCCUCUGGCACACAGGAGACACCCAAGACCAGGUCCGUCUCCUGUGGAGGGACCCGAGGAAUGUGGGCUGGAAGGACAAGGUAUCCUACCGCUGGUUCCUCCAGCACAGACCACAGGUCGGAUAUAUCAGGGCUCGCUUCUUUGAGGGCUCAGACCUGGUGGCCGACACAGGGGCGAUUAUUGACACCAGUAUGAGAGGAGGGAGACUGGGUGUGUUCUGCUUCUCACAGGAGAAUAUAAUCUGGUCCAAUCUGAAGUACAGAUGCAACGACACUAUUCCUUUUGACUAUGAAGAUCUCAGCGCCCAAAACACAGAGUGAAGAAGAGAGAGAUCUAUCAAAAACGUGGGGGAGAAAAGCUGAGAACAAAGAGGAAGAGGACAGAAGUUAGACACAGAAAGAUGAAUGUGAGGGAGCAUGAAGGAAAGUCGUUAGUGAUGGUAUUUUAACUGUCAUUCGAGUGAAAGGAUCUCAAAAGAACAUAACUUUGGGCAUUUUAUACUUUUACUUUCAUACAUUUCUGUACCAAUCAGCAGCAGGUUCUGUGAUAGCUAUGGAAUAAUACCUGCAAUCUUUUUUAUCAACUAUAUACUGAGUACUAUUAAGGUUUGAGAGAGUUGUUUAGCAUACAAUAGUAGAUACAGUCAAAUUAAAAGCAUCUUGCAAAAACA